GAAGCAAAAACAUUUUAGGUCUGUGUUUUCUUCAAAAUCGCAAACCUACUUUUGGAUCAUCCAAAAGAUAUUUAACCAUUAAUUAUUAGAGCUGGAUAUUUGUUGUUGAAAUUGCUUUGUUGAUUGUUUGAUAUGAUGAUUUAAGAUGGAUGAGUUUCAUGUUGAAAGUAUUGAUGACUUCAAAUUAAAAAAAGAAAAAGUUUUAGGGACAUUUGCAUAUGGAAAGGUCUAUCUUUGCACAGAUGAAAAUACAGGCAAAAAACUAGCUGUAAAAUGUAUUGAGAUCGGAAACGUUGAUAAUAAUGACAAAGCAAAAAAGGAAGUUGAAAAGUUUAGACAUGAAAUUUCACUUUUUAAAAAAUUAAAUCAUGAACGAGUUGUGGAAUACUAUACUUCUUCUUGUACUAGCACAACAAUCUCUAUUGUAAUGGAAUUCAUGGAAGGGGGAUCUCUUUAUGAUAAAAUAUCAAAAGAAGGAGCUCUAGAUGAGAGGACUGCAUCAGAAAAAUCUUAUCAAAUUCUUGAUGGUUUGAUGUACUUACACAGUAAAAAUAUAAUACACAGGGAUAUUAAAGGUGCCAAUAUAUUGUUAGACUUAGAUGGGAACUGCAAGCUUGCUGAUUUUGGUAUAUCUAAACAGAUACAGACAAUACGUUCUCAAGCAGGAUGUAAAACAUCUACUGGGACACCUUACUGGAUGAGUCCAGAAGUUAUUAAGGCAGGUGUAAACGAUGUAGAAUAUGGAAAAAAAGCUGACAUAUGGUCAUUUGGUUGUACUGUGCUUGAAAUGCUAACAACGAAGCCGCCAUGGUUUGAGUUACCACCCAUGUCUGCUAUAUUUCAUAUUGCUACACGUCCAACGGUACCCCAUCUGCCUGAUAACUCGUCAACCUCUUGCGUCACAUUUGUAAAUGAUUGUUUUAUAAGUGACCCUGCGUUACGACCAAAUGCAUCGCAGCUGCUUCUUUAUGAUUGGGUGAGAAGAUAAAUUGCAUAACGUUCAAAUCAUGAAACUUGUGACAGGAAAAAACAUUUUUUUCUGACACAUAUCACCGAUAACUUUCGCAAAUUGAAAAUAACGUUUUACCAUGAUAAUUAUUUUUUGAAGAUUUUAAAAUGGAUUCUUCUCAAUUACUUUUUUGUUGUAAUUUGUAAAUAUUAACUGAAACAGUUUAUUAGUAUUUUUCAGGUAUUUGUAUAGUUUGUUAGCUAUUUUUUGAAUUAUAUUUUUUUACAUUU